GUGAAAAAACUCUCCGUACACUGGUCAAGUGCCUUAUGCAUUGGAUUGUUUGCCAUCAUCAAGUAUGUCAUGGUGAAAUGGAUUGAAAGAAAGGUAUAAAUACAAGCCAAUUCACAAAAAGAUCAUCUCUCUCAUUUCCUCAUCAAACAAUUCAAUCCACUGCAUUCAUAAACAAGCUACAACAAACAAACAGCCAAAAUGUCUUCAUCAGUUGCUACACAAAAUUCUUCCGUGAGAAGAAUUGCCAUCUUUGGCUCUACUCAAGGAUGCGGUCUUGCCAGUCUGGUCACAAUGAUCAAGCGCAACAGCCCCGAAGGUAGUCCAAUCGAGGUUCAUGCCUUGGUUCGCAAUGAACAAAAAGUAAUCGAUGCGCUUUCCCGAGAAGGGAUUGAUGCAGAUGCACUCAUUAACGCUCCCGUCAACGCCACAACCCGUCUUGUGAUCUUUAAAGGAGAUGCAAUGGAGAAAGCAUCCAUUCAAUCUUUCUUCCAAUCCGUGAUUAACAAUGGACCUUUGAAUAACGUCAUUUCAAGUAUUGGCGCUUAUCCUGUGGUAAAAUGGUAUAAACCAUUUGCACCCGUUCAAUUUGCACCUGGGAUGGAAGAUAUUUGUUCAAAGACGAUGCAAUUCAUCGUUGAUGCACUAGAACAAGUUGUGGCACCUCAACAACCCGAUGGAAAGGUUCCUGCACUGAUUGUUGUUGCUUCAAACGGUAUUGGCAAAUCCACCCAUGAUGCCCUUCCAAUGCUUCUUAAGCCAAUGUACGGAAACUUUUUGAAAUACCCUCAUAUGGACAAAGAAAAGAUGGAAAGAUUCUUGCACACUUCGUACGGCAUUCAAAGCAGUGAUUUCAACCCUAUCCCAAGCGCUGAGAAAAGCAAAGAACAUCCAGCCCUUGUCAAAGAACGCUUGAUCGUGGUUCGUCCUUCCUUGUUGACAAGUGGGGCAGCAAAAUCGUCUGUGCGAUCUUCUGCCAAAACAUUGCCAAGCGCUUACACCGUCUCGCGAAAAGAUGUUGGUAAUUUCAUUGCCGGUGAUUGUCUACAUUUGACAGACAGAGUCAGUGAGACACCUGUCGAAGGUGGGAACGGAUACGUUGUCUCCUACUAGUUUCCUGGCCUUUUUCUGUCUUUGUACAUUCUUUCAAUAUAAUCAAUUUCCUGAAAAUUCCACUGGUAUAUAUCCCCACAAAAGAUUGAAUAAGCUCUCAUCUUCGCCAUCUGGUUUUUGCGCACUUUCUGCAAUUUGAUUUGGUUGUGUAUCAUUGACUUGAUUGAAAUCGAGUGAGAUUUGAUCCAGGAUCGAACCCGCAUCCAAUGGGAAUGCCAUUUGAAAAUUUCCGUUAUUGGGUGUCGCGAUUGACGAAGACGUAGUAGAAGAAAGCUCUGGCGUGGGUUCACUGACAGCAUCGCUUAGCGAUGACAUCUUUUCAACGCUGUUCGUGAGCAGUGCACGGGCAGAAAUGAGCGUUGCUGUAUCCAGCAGAUCCAAAGGAGCGUCAGCCAGUGGACGAAGCAAUAACAUCCAUUCAUCCAAUUGACCAACAA